AGUAGCUUUUUUAAUUAACUAUACUUUAAUUAACCGAUUAAUCCAUUCGGUUUCUUAAUCCUUGGUCAAAAUCUUUCACUUCAUCAUAUACACAUUUCUCUGCGUUUCUGCAUCUUCCCUUUGUUACUACCGAUCGAUUCAUCCCCAAAUUCUUAAGAUUCUAUCUGUUGAAAUUCAAGUAAAUAUUGCUGAAAAAGACACUUUUGGGAAUGCCUAAAAGAUGCAACUUAUUGAUUCCAAUUCUGUGUUUGAAAUCUAUAAGGUGUUAUACUUGUUCUCACUGUCUUAUUUAAUGGUUGAAAAGAGUGAAUCACUAUUUUACAUUAGCUAUUCCUUGAUGCACAAUUGGCACACAAGUUUUUUCAUAAUGCCUGUUAUGUUGAUUCUUGAUCGAUGCGAAGAUGGUUGAAAUCGAAAAUCGAUACAUGCUUUUCUUAUAUGUAUGUAGAUAUGUACACUACAGUGUAGUAAAUGAUAUAGAAUUUUAAGUGGGGUUAGGAAGUUAGUGUAAAAUAUUAUACUGGUUUAUGGUCUAGUAUGGAGGGUGAUAUGGAACCGAAUGUUUUAAUGGAAAGAUACGAGUUGGGAAGGUUGCUUGGUCAGGGGACAUUUGGGAAGGUUUACUAUGCACGUAGUAAGGUGACUAACCAGAGUGUUGCGAUUAAAGCGAUCGAGAAAAAUAAGGUUAUGAGAACUGGUCUUAUGGAUCGAAUCAAGCGUGAGAUAUCGGUUAUGAAAUUGGCUCGACAUCCCAAUAUUAUACAGCUUUUUGAGGUUAUGGGGACGAAGACUAAGAUUUACUUUGUUAUGGAGUAUGCUAAAGGUGGUGAGCUUUUCAACAAGGUUUCGAAAGGAAAACUCAAAGAAGAAGUUGCGCACAGAUAUUUUAAACAGCUUAUCAACGCGGUUGAUUUUUGUCAUAGUAGAGGUGUGUAUCAUCGAGACAUUAAGCCCGAAAACAUUCUAUUGGAUGAAAAUGGGAAUCUAAAGGUUUCUGAUUUUGGCUUAAGUGCUCUUGUGGAAUCAAAUCAAGAGGAUAGCAUGCUACGUACGCCUUGUGGCACUCCGGCCUAUGUUGCUCCUGAAGUCAUUAAAAGAAAAGGGUAUGAUGGUGCGAAAGCCGAUAUUUGGUCUUGUGGAAUAGUUCUAUUUGUUUUAUUGGCAGGUUAUCUCCCUUUUCAUGAUUCAAAUUUGAUUGAAAUGUAUAGGAAGAUAAGCAAAGCGGAAUUAAAGUAUCCUAGUUGGUUUCGGCCUGAAGUUUGCAAGCUAUUAGGCGAUAUAUUGAAUCCGAAACCCGAUACUAGGAUUUCCAUAGCUGAGAUUAAGGAACAUUGUUGGUUUAAAAGCGAACCAAAUGCUAGAAGUAAAAAACCACAAGUGCAAAACAGCACUCUUUCUGUUUCUUCUUCGAGUACAGCUGUGUCUGAUCAAAAGGACGAAAACGACAGUCCAGAAGCAGAAGAAGCAAAGGAAGAGUCGUUUGUGCCAAUCAGCAUAAAUGCCUUUGAUAUCAUUUCCCUUUCAGUUGGUUUCGAUCUUUCUAAAUUCUUUAAAGACGAUGUUCAGAAAAAAGAAGCAAGAUUUAGUUCGAAACUACCUGCAUCAGUCAUCAUCUCGAAGAUGGGAGACAUUGCUAAGCAACUGAGGAUGAAAAUUAAGAAAAAGGCUGCUGGUUUGCUGAAAUUGGAGGGAUUGAAUGAAGGUAGGAAAGGGUUUUUAUCGAUUGACGCAGAGAUCUUCGAGGUUACUCCUAACUUCCAUUUAGUUGAGGUGAAAAAAUCAAAUGGAGAUACAUUAGAAUAUCAAAAAAUUCUGAAAGAGGAUAUUAGGCCUGCUCUUCAGGAUAUUGUUUGGGUGUGGCAAAGUGACCAACCACUGCAAUCUCAACAAUCAGAUCAACAGCUACAGAUACAUGACCAGCAGCAAUAGCAGCCGCAGUCGUAAUACAUUCUCAGUCAUCAGGAUCAAGGCCGCUCCAAAUUCAGCUCGGAGAGUGCUGAAAUAGGUACUUACAGAUUAUCUAUCAACAAGUUCUCAAGUUCGGUAGUAAAAGUUGAACUCACGACCUUGCAGGAUAUGAGUGGACGGACUACUUACCAACCGGAGUGUAUACAUUUCAUGGCAAUGUCCUUUUCCUUUUUCAAAGAGAAAAAUCUCAAUUGAGCACAUAUAUGAUAUAGUAUUUCAUGAUGCCAUGUUUUUUUUCAAUCAUGUUACGAUUUAACUGUCUAGUGUAGAAGACAUUUUGUUUGCAAAGUACAUUUCUCAAUUUUGUUGUAUAAUGAGUUUUAUUGAACUUUUGUCCACUUUUAACUU